AUCAUAUAUAACACAUUAGUAAAUGAAUUUGUGGUUGUCAGCCAAGCUGGUGUGACCACAGAUGAAUUUUGUGUAACUUUGUUGAGUAUGAAUAUUUUUGUUGGUAGGAUUCUGGAAUGUUCCAAACUCCAGAGUAGUUCUUGUGUCCCUGGGACUGCUGAACGCUGUUUUAUUUAUAAUUGCUGUUGUUCUUGGAGUGAUGUGUGCUGGAGUCAGAGAGGACUCCUCCCUGAAGGAUUCCCACUCAGCUGCUUUGAAACUCAUCGGUGAACUCACAGAUCUGCGAAGCAACCACAGCGAUUUGAUUGAAGCUGAAGAGAAGGCCAAGAAGGAUCUGCAGAUGAAGAUCCAGGACCGUGUAAAGCUAAAGGAGCAAAUUCAGCAGCAGACAGUGCUCAAUGAGAACUAUCAGAAACAGAUCCAAGCCCUGCAAACCGAAAAAGAAAAGCUUCAGGCUAACAUCACAGCUUUAGAGGGAACAUGUGGAAGAUGCCCAGAAAAAUGGAAUCUCCUGGACUCCUCCUGCUAUUUCUUUUCCUACAUCGAGUCUUCUUAUGUCACGAAGAGUUGGCAGGACAGCAGGAUGGACUGCAUCGGACGUGAAGCUGACCUGAUCGUGAUAGAUAGUACAGAGGAGCAGAAGUUUGUGAGCAGCACCAUUUACAAAAUGUCGGGAGGCAGAAAUGUGUGGGAAAUGGGUUUCUGGAUUGGCCUCACUGACAGAGAGACGGAGGGAAGAUGGGUCUGGAUUAACAAUGUUACAGAGGUGGAUCGAAGGUACUGGAUGGAUGGAGAACCAAACAAUAUUGGACAACAUGGAGAGGACUGUGGGGUUACAUCCUACAAUACAUAUGAUAAUAUUCGUAAAACUCGCUUUGACAGCUUUUGCAGGAACAAUCGAUAUUGGAUUUGUGAAAGAAAAUCGAGCUUAGGGGUCAGUUAAAAGCUCAGGAUGUAGCUCAUACAGAAAACUGUGGGAGAUUUUGGCAAAAAUCGAGCCGAUACCAAUCCAAUACAAGUCAAUGUCACCAAUGUUGAUACUGAUAUCAAUAUUUCUUGUAAUUGCAGUGGAUGUAACAUGAACCUCAAAAUCUGAAUUGCUUCUUAUCACUUUGAGUGUUUUUUUUUUUUUUUUUU